AUGGAGUCCAUGGAUGCGAUGCUGCUGUUAGGAUUUCAGUUCAUACCCACCGAUGAGGAGCUCAUUAGCCACUACUUGGGGAAGAAGGUCAAGGGCGAAGAACUUUCCUGGGAUGGCAUCCCUGAUUGUGAUCUAUACGGUGAAAAGUCCCCAUGGGAAAUAUGCGGCGAUCAGGAGGAUAAGAUAUUUGAUAAUAAGGGUAAUAUUAUCGGGGCCAAGAAACUUUUCAAUUUCAAUGUAAUAGCGGGAUUGACCACGAAGAACUCAAACUGGAUUAUGCACGAGUUCUCCCUUGUUGAUAAGCAACAACAGAGUACCAACUUGGAAAUCUGGAUCCCAACGGAGACUGAUUUGGAGACCAACAUGGGCUGUCUACCGGCUAGUGAUCACUCUGAUUUUAAUUUUGAUUUGGAAACCAUCAUGAGCAUGUUGCCACUAGAGGGUGGAGAUCUACCGCUUCUUCCUCCAUUGGAGGAUUUUUGUGAUGCUGACUUUGAUGCUUUCUUUGUCUAG